AAAUGCGCUUUUCGUCUUUUCUGGGCGUGGUCAGGGCCCGCUCUGCCCCUCAUCCUCGGGCUGUCUCUGGGCUGCAGCCUGAGCCUGUUGAUGGUGUCCUGGACGCAGGGGGACGCCGACGACUCGUGCGGGGAUGAGCUGGCCAACGGGAGGCUUCACAUGGGCCGAGGGGAUGCCCAGAGGGACUCCAGGGACGGAGGUGGGGAUGAAGACUUCCAGCCUCGCGUCGUGCCCUAUCACAAGGACCCCAACAAGCCGCACAAGAAGGUCCUCAGGACUCGUUACAUUCACACUGAACUGGGCAUCAGGGAGCGACUGCUGGUGGGCGUGCUGACCUCCCGGGCCACCCUCAACACGCUGGCCGUGGCGGUGAAUCGCACAGUCGCCCACCGCUUCCACCGCACCUUCUUCUUCACGGGCCUGCGCAGCCCCAAGGUGCCUCACGGCAUGACCGUGGUCGCCCACGGCGACGACCGCCCGGUGUGGCUGAUGUACGAGACGGUCCGCCACCUCAAUCAGCACUACGGCUCCGACUACGACUGGUUCCUCUUGGCCCAGGAUGACACCUACAUGCAAGCGGAUCGGCUGUCGGAGCUGGUGGGCCACCUCAGCGCGGGUCAGGACCUCUACAUGGGCCGGGCGGAGGAGUUCAUCGGCGGAGAGGAGAAGGCGCGCUACUGCCACGGGGGCUACGGCUACCUGCUGUCCCGCAGUCUGCUGGCCCGCCUGCAGCCGCACCUCGACACCUGCCGCAACGACAUCCUCAGCGUGAGACCCGACGAGUGGCUGGGCCGCUGCAUUAUCGACUACCUGGGUCUCAGCUGCGUGGAGGUGUACCAGGAGAUGAGCUAUCGCUACUUUGAGCUCGGUAAAAACGCAGAUCCGGAGCGGGAAGACAGCAUCCAGUUUAAAACUGCCUUCACAGUCCACCCGAUAUCAGAGCCCAACCUCAUGUACCGCCUGCACAAACGAUUCAGCCAGAUUGAGCUGGAAUGGACCUACCUGCAGAUACAACAGCUGCAGGUGCAGAUCAACAACCUGAGCGACCUGACGCCAGAGGGCAAAGCUGGAGUCACGUGGCCCAUCGGGAUCAACCCCCCCUUCAAGCCGAGGACCCGCUUCGAGGUGAUAAACUGGGAGUACUUCACGGAGGAGCACAUCUACUCGUGCAUCGACAGCUCCCCCAAGUGUGAGAUAAGGGGCGCCGACCGCGCCGACGUCAGCGCGGUGCUGGAGGUCGCGGUGGAGCGCCUCAACGAGCGCUACCAGCCCCAGCUGCGUUUCCGCAAGCGGCGCCUGCUGAACGGUUACCGGCGCUUCGAUCCCACGCGCGGCAUGGAGUACGUGCUGGACCUGGCGCUGGAGGCCUACACCCAGAAGGGCCACAGCCAGGUCCUGGCCAAACGGGUGAACCUGCUGCGACCCCUGAGCGCGGUCGAGAUCAUCCCCAUGCCCUACGUGACGGAGGCGACGCGGGUGCAGGUCAUCCUGCCCGUCACCGCCCAGGAUCAGGACUUUGUGGGCAACUUCCUCGACAUGUUUGUGAUGAACACUCUGGACACACACGACAACGUGCUGCUCACCUUCCUGUUCAUCUACGACCCUUUCGAGGCGCAGCGGGUGAGCCAGACGGACGUGUUCGCCGGCAUUAAGGCCAUGAUAGGCGAAGUGGAGAAGCGCUACGGAGACGUGAAGAUCCCCUGGAUCAGCGUGAAGACGGAGGUGCCCUCGCAGGUGAAGCUCAUGGACAUCAUCUCGAAGAAGCACCCCGUGGACACGCUGUUCUUCCUGGCCGGCGUGUGGACGGAGAUCAACGCCGACUUCCUGAAUCGCUGCAGAAUGAACGCCAUCAGCAACUGGCAGGUGUUCUUCCCCAUCCACUUCCAGGAGUACAGCCCCGCCGUCAUGUACCGCGACCAGCAGCCCUCCGCCGCCUCCUCCGCCUUCGCCUCGGAGUCGCUGCGGGACGGACACUUUGACCGCCACGUCUUCGACGAGGCCUGCUUCUACAACGCUGACUACAUGACCUCACGGACCAAGAUGGCGGCCGACAUCUUGGACAACGAGGAGCUGCUGGAGAACAUGGACGUGUACGACAUAUUCGUCCGCUACUCGGGCCUGCACGUGUUCAGAGCGGUGGAGCCGGCGCUGAUCCAGAAGUACGUGCGGCGGGCGUGCAACCCGCGGUUCAGCGAGGACAUCUACCACCGCUGCGUCCUCAGCAACCUGCAGGGCCUGGGGUCCCGCUCACAUCUGGCCAUGGCCCUUUUUGAACAGGAGCAGGCCAACAGCACCUAAAAGCCGCGGGAAGACGUGAACUACAUUGUGGUACUUUCGCGAUCCGCGCACCAAAACUCACAGCCUCGUAUUUGGCAGGAAGAGGCGCGGAGCCGGAGCGUCUCGACGGCGAAAACGUGCUCUUUUCAAGCUGAAAAUGUCCUGGCUGAGUUCAUGAGUGGGACACUUGGACCUGACUCAUCUGUUCAUACUGUGACUCAGUCUCGUCUCGACUCACGAUGAGUCACCGAGGAGCGACUGAAUGGAACUACUGUUACCUGUUUUCCUGCAGUUCUUCUAACAGGAGGGACUAUAUUUAUACUUGCUAUUUUCUAAUUACAGGAGGUUGUGACUCGCGUCUUCCUGAGUGAAAAUAUUUAAAAUAAUACUGGAAACACAGUGAAGCCGUCGGCUGCCUUUUUCUUUUCUUUAUAAGAGGUAUUAAAGUGUGACAUUGCAUUCAUGCUGUGCCGUUUGUGGGAUGUGUGUGUGACCCCCCCUCCAGGUACCGACCACCUGAUAAAAAGGCCCUUUGUUGACGUUGUAUUCUGAUUAACAUGAUAUUUCGGUUUGCCUGUCCGGCGCCUGGAGGCAGUGAACAGUUUGUUCCACAGCAGCCCCCCCCCCCCCCCCCCUCCUCCACCGCCUCGGCUCCCCGCGUUGAGUCAGCGGCCUCCCCUGUUUUUUUUCACGAGCACCCUGUGCGGCGUCUUUGGGCACGGGGGGGGGGAGGGUGAACCCGGUGAGCCCAGGAACAAGCUGAAAGGCUCACUUCACACAGCCCCCCUCAGACGACGUCGCCGAGGCCCCCCCCAACCACAAAAACGUAGGCAGCAGCAGGGUGAAAGAGGCUCUUUCUGAGGCGGGGGCAUGGCUGCAGUCAGCGUUACAUCGCCGGGGCCUCCACCUGCUCCCUGGUGGCCAACAACAAAGGGCCUGUGUGCCGCCGCCUGAGGAAGGGAAACGUGUCGGCCAGCAACGGGCCGAGCGCGGGGUCAACACGUGGCUCGCCGUACGGAGCGCCAGAGGGUUCCGUUAGCGGAAGCUGGUUCAGGGGAGUUGAAUUUGCUUUAUACGCAGUGGAUCGCUGCUGUGGUGGAAAAUAAUAAAAAGAUCUAUUGUUGAGUAAUGUUGCCCUUUGGAUGUUUGGGAGUUUUAUCAUUUGCCCAUUAUUAAAAGAUUAGUUAAUACACUUGAA